AUGCGGUCCCAAAUACGGCAGUUGAUGGAGACUAUUCAAGCAGUCGCAAGAGGCCAAGAGGUUAUGGCAAAAAUGCAAGAAGAAAUGAACCAACGUGCCAGUACUACCAAUCCUCCUACCCCUCUAGUGGUUGAGACUCCGACUCUAGUUCCUCAAGUUGAUCCUCCAAUUAACAUUAAUGCAUCCGGCGAUGUUCCAAACGACAAUCCUCGUCCUCAUGUUUUUGAGACAGACGACCAACAUGAUGCAUUCUUCAGCCCAAGGGAUGCUUCUCAGGAUGACGCCUUCGGUUCAACAACCAAUGAGGUGGAGAGGAAGGUGAAGGCUAUUGAGGAAAAGCUCAAGGCAAUAUGGAGCACUGAUGUUUUAGGCUUUGAUGUGGCAGAAAUGUGCUUGGAUUCCCUCAGUGGGGAAUCUUUGGAUUGGUACAUGCAACUUGAGGGCAACCAUAUUCACACAUCAAGGGAAAUGGCUGAGGCAUUCCUCAAGCACUAUCAGUACAACACUGAUAUGGCACCUAAUUGCACCCAGUUGCAAAAUCUGACUCAGAGGCCUGAGGAGUCCUUCAAAGAGUAUGCCCAGCGGUGGAGGGAAUUAGUUGCUAGGGUACAACCCCUAUUUCUAGAAAGAGAACUGGUAUACAUGUUUAUGGGAAACCUGCAAGGUCCAUACCUUGAUAGAAUGGUAGGGAGCACCUCUUCGAGCUUUUCUGACCUAGUCUUAGCCAGUGAAAGAAUAGAAAAUAUGAUUAAAAUGGGAAAGAUCCAGAACUCUGCCAGUACUUCUAGUGCAUCGAAGAAACCUUUUGUUCCCUACGGUAAAAAACGAGAAGGCGAGACCAGUGCCUUCUCCAUCAUUCGAACAAGAAAUCCCACUUAUCCACAAGUAGCAUCCAUAGCUCCCGUUCAACCAAGUCAACAACAACCAUUUGCAAUUCCAGUUCAAACUCAACAACAACAACAACAGUAUCAACAACAACCGCAACGUCAGCAACCACAGUAUCAACAACAACAACAAAGGAUGCGAAGGCCCGAGAGAAGAUUUGACACAGUUCCCAUGCCUUAUAGCCACAUUCUACCAAAUUUACUGAGGGGAUCACUUGUACAACUAAGGGAGUUAGGACCCCCAGCAACGGUUCUUCCUCCCGGAUAUGAUGCAAAUGCCCGCUGUGAAUUUAAUUCUGGCGCUCCUGGGCAUUCGAUCGAGAAUUGUAAAGCAUUAAAGUACAAGGUUCAAGAGCUUAUUGAUUCUAAGGCAAUCACAUUCUCCCCCAAGAGGCCGAAUGUAAAUAAUAACCUGAUGCCCCCUCACAACAAUGCAUCAGUGAAUAUGAUGGAAGCUGACAAUGGAAGGAGAUUGAUGUCCUGUGUGGACGAGUUAAAAACACCACUCAUCGAGAUCAAGAAUGCUUUAAUGAAGGAUAAUGCCUUUCCCAUCUGUAGUAAUGACUGUGAACACUAUAUGAUUAACCCGCAACAAUGUAGAAUGUUGAAGUCUGUCAUACAACAAUUAAUGGACCAAGGGAUAUUGGUGGUAGACUGCCCGUCCAUAAAGGAAGAUGUGUUUACCCUCGAGAUACCAUACGAUGAAGUCCCUCAUCUGCAAAUUCCAUAUGACUUCUCUCAGUUAACUCUGUCGACAAAUCCUGUUACUCCAAUCAUAAUAACAGUUCACACACCAUUCCCAUAUGUUGACACCAAGGCAGUCCCAUGGAUGUAUGACACCUUAGUCUACAUUCAUGGUCAGAAGAUUCAAGAAGAAUCGUUAAAGUCUAGUGAUCCAAUGAUCAAUAUCACCGGCACUAGCGGAAUCACGAGAAGUGGAAGGAUAUUUGCGCCGACACCCACUCCAAUUGGAACUAUCAAUCCUUCAAAUUCAGACAAAGGCAAACAAAUUGAUGGCGCUCAGCAAAGACAAGACCUUGCACCUUCCAAUGAAGUAGACGAGUUCUUACGCAUUAUCAAGAAGAGCGGUUAUCGAGUAGUUGAUCAACUUAACCAGACACCCUCGAAGAUCUCAAUGUUGUCUUUAUUAAUGUGCUCGGAGGCCCAUAGGGAUGCUUUGGUAAAAUUUCUAAGGACAUCUCACGUACCGCAAGCGAUAUCUGUUUGUCAGUUUGAAGGAGUAGUUAACAAUAUCGCUACUAGCUUAAGCUUGGUCCUAUCAAGAGUUUUGAUAGACAUUGGGUCUUCCCUCAAUGUGAUGCCUAAGAGCUCCUUUGCUAAACUAACUGUUGAAGGACUCGUAAUGAAGCCGAGUGAGAUUAUAGUAAGAGCAUUUGAUGGGACUAGAAGGACUGUAAUCGAUGAGGUGAAUUUUCCUAUGAAGAUUGGUCCCCAUACUUUCCUUAUCACUUUCUUCGUAAUGGAUAUUUAUCCAGCCUACAUUUGUCUGCUUGGGAGGCCUUGGAUCCGUUCAGCUGGUGCAGUCACUUCAAUGUUCCACCAAAAAUUGAAGUUCUUAGUUGAUGAUAAACUAGUUGUUGUCGAGGGUGAGGAGGACAUUGUGGUAAGUCACCUCGCAUCUUUCCGAUACGUUGGAGGAGAAGGGGAGAUGAGGGAAAUCCCAUUCCAAUCAUUUGAAGUUAUCAAUGUUGAAAUGGUUUGCCCAACAAGAGAUGAAUCAAAAGAUGCUGAAUCUCCAAUGGCAUCUCUUAAAGACGCCCUGACAAUCAUAAAGGAUGGACACCCCCAAGGAUGGGGAAGAUUGCUUGAACUUCAUGCCAACAAGGAUCGCGCCGAAGAAGAAGAAGAAGAUGAUGAUGGGUUGAUCUUCACAAAGACUGAUGGAAAUUGUGCCACCAAAUGCACCGAGAUUGAAAUACCUAAAGUGACCUUGAUUGAAAUAUCAUCCUCGACAACCACCAAUGACAAUUCUGCUACGGUCUCAUACGACUUCGACAACCCAAUUAAUCAAGCUGAUGAAGAGUGUGAGGAAGAGGCCGAACUCCCAGAAGAAUUAGCAAGGAUUCUCAAGCAGGAGGAAAAAUUCAUCCAGCCGCACGAAGAAUCAGUGGAAGUGAUUAACCUCGGGACGUAUGAGGAAGCGAAAGAAGUCUGA